AUGAACGAAUUAUAUUCAUUGACGCAUACGCCUUGCGAAGUGGGGGAGGCGGAAUGGGUAUUAUUCUUCGAGGCCAUGCGAUAUGAUCUCGACAGGGAUGCCUUAUUCGAUGGUACUGCAAAGUGCGACUGGUCGCCCCUUCCUCUAGGUCCUGGAUAUGCGCAUGAAUUAGACCAUCAAAUGGAAUACUUCUCUGGCUCCGUCUCCCGUGCCACAUCGGAGUCGGCCACCUCGUCUAGCGAAUCUUCAAGUUCAUGCGAGCUCGAUGUCGCCGAAGGCCACUCUCCUAACUCAAUAAUCGCGAACGACAUGCAACCGGAUCCGCACGCAACUCGGGAGGAGUCGAAGGCGGGAGGCGCUUUUCAGAAUCAGCGGAGCCAGGCGCCAUCGCCAUGCAUACCCAGCCAUAUCAACGACAUACAGCAGAAAUAUGCGUACACGACAACGCGAAGUCCGAUAGCGGAAUAUGCUUCUCCAGAGCAGCCACGCCGGAGGCCAUCGCUUUGCAGACCGAGCUCUGUUCCCGAUGUCUGUGAGGUACCCCGCGCAACCAGCCACUCCUCGGCUUCCUCAUCCAGGGUUACGCUUGAGGACACACCAGCUCCGCCUAAGCCAAAGCGGAAGCCCGCAACCGAGAAGAUUACACCGAAAGGUGGAUGUGGCCCUUCAGCACUCGUGGCAUCUUCAUCGACCACGAAGCUCACAGACGCGCCCUCUCAGCGAGGGAAAAAGCGCCAAGCCGAUGAGAUCGAGGACCUUCUACCGGAGAAGGUAAAGAAGGCGAAGAAGGCAAAGACCGAGGAGAACACGACAGCCGUGAAAUUGGAGACGGAGGAGAGACGCAAUAUCACCACCCGUAUCGCCGUCGCUGUGUCCCAGCCGGAGUACGUGUGCAAAUGGUGCAACGUCAAGGACUGCCAGGAGAUCGAGGACCACAUCCGCGAUGUCACCUCCUGCAGGCCCAAGCUACAUGUGCAAUGCCAGUGGGGAGACUGCAAAGUGAUCGCCGCGGGCGCGAACUUCCGGAGGCAUGUCCUCGGUGUCCACUUGGGCGUGCUGAAAGAUACCUGUCGCAUUUGCGACAAACCCAUCGAACGCGACAUGUCGCGUCACAUGAAGAACGUGCACAACGUGCGCAAAGAGCGUAGGGGCUGCCAAUUUGAGGAUGAUGCACCGUACGUCGCUGUAUCUGCAUGA